AUAAUAAUUACUUUGUUAAGUUGCAUCACUCAAACGUUGUCGUCUGUCACCAGGCUUUGUGUGCCGCGUUGGAUACCGGGCCACGGGGAAGAGAACAACUCUAAAAGCUGUUGUGUUGCUGUGGGCAAGCUAACUUCUCAAUGUGAAGCUAUCCCAUGAUGCAACAUGUGUCCCCAGCACCUGCAGUGACAAUGAUGGCCACCCAGAGCGUUCCUCCACCAUCGUACCAGGAGAGCCAACAGAUGACGGGCACAACUCAGCAGAACACCAAGACCCCACAGGUCCAUAUCCCAGCAGCCUCUGCAGCAGGAAAUACCUCUGUCAGUGUGACCCUCGACCCCCAGGCCCAGCUUGAGUCUGACAAGAGGGCUGUUUACAGACAUCCAUUGUUCCCCCUGCUGGCAUUGUUGUUUGAGAAAUGUGAGCAGGCCACGCAGGGAUCUGAAUGCAUCACGUCGGCCAGCUUUGAUGUGGACAUUGAAAACUUUGUGCAUCAGCAGGAGCGAGAACACAAGCCAUUCUUCAGUGAAGAUCCAGAGCUGGACAACUUGAUGGUAAAGGCUAUUCAGGUGCUUCGGAUCCACCUAUUGGAGUUGGAGAAGGUCAAUGAGCUCUGUAAAGAUUUCUGCAACCGUUACAUCACCUGCCUCAAGACCAAGAUGCACAGCGACAACCUCCUCCGUAACGACCUCGGAGGACCCUAUUCUCCAUCGCACACCAGUCUCAACAUGCAGCAGGAACUAAUUCAGACCUCCUCUCCAUCCAUGACCUCUGUCUCCAGCUCUGUUAACCCUUCAGGGAUUGUGGUGCCUGCCGGGGGUCUGCAACAGGGCAAUGUCGCCAUGACUACAAUCAACUCUCAAGUGGUGUCAGGUGGGACCCUGUACCAGCCGGUUGCCAUGGUGACAUCGCAAGGGCAAGUGUUAACGCAGGCGCUGCCGCCGGGAACCAUUCAGAUCCAGAACUCACAGGUGAACGUGGACCUGUCGUCCCUGUUGGACAGCGAAGACAAGAAGUCCAAGAAUAAGAGAGGUGUCCUGCCCAAACAUGCCACCAACAUCAUGCGCUCUUGGCUCUUUCAGCAUCUCAUGGUGAGGCAAAUGCACCCAUACCCAACAGAAGAUGAGAAAAGGCAGAUUGCAGCACAAACAAAUCUAACCCUUCUGCAAGUGAACAACUGGUUCAUAAACGCUCGUCGGCGUAUCCUCCAGCCUAUGUUGGAUGCUAGUAAUCCAGACCCAGCUCCUAAAGCAAAGAAGAUGAAGUCCCAGCACCGUCCAACACAACGUUUCUGGCCUGAUUCCAUCGUGGCUGGAGUUCUGCAGACACAUAGAUCUCAAACAGGAAACAACUCAGACAACCCGCUGAGCAUGGACAGCCUCCAGUCCCUGUCGUCCGACUCAGCCACCCUGGCAAUGCAGCAAGCCAUGCUGGGAGCCGACGACUCCAUGGAUGGCACAGAGGAGGAGGAUGAAGAGGAGGAGGAGGAGGAAGAGGAGGAAGGGAUGGAGGAGGAAGAGGAAGAGGAGGACGGAGAGGAGGAAAAUGACAGGGGGAGGCAAAUGUCCAGCGUAGGAAGGAGAGAUCUGAACAUGGAUCACCGAGAGGAACUGGAGUAGUGGAACAGAGAAGAAGACUGAAUGAACUUUGACCUCAGUUGUCCCUCCCCCAGAAUGGCCUCAUUUAAACUCGACGCUAAUGCUAAGUGACUCUCGAGAGCAUUUAAGGGCAUAUUAGGUUUUCUCCAAAUUCAUCAGAGACUCUCCCGAAGAGCCACUGUGGAGUCCAAUCUGAUACAAUGACCUUCAUGAUUAUAGAGGACGAAUAUUAGUUAAACGAUGAAUAUGUGUUGUUUCAUUUGAUAUAGUAUGUUUUCAUGCAGUGAAAUAUUUGGAUAUUAGCACAUUCUUUUUUUUUUUACUCCAGUGCUCCUGUCAUUUGUGGAAGGAAAUGGCACAGAAACUAUAAGGCUGAAGAUACUGACAGUUUCAAAUUAAGGACAGUUGGAGGAAGAGUUUAGAAAAAAAAAAAAAAAAAAAAAAGUACAUGAUUACAUUUGUUGUUUUAAGAGAGAGAUGACAUCUUGAGGUAUUGGGUAGUUGCACAAGCAUUAGAGAACUACCAACAACUCAAUCGCCCAAAGGAAUGUUGGGAAUGUACGUUUCUGCAAACCACAGAUAUGUUAAAAUUCACACCUUCUUAUGUUCUUUUGUUUACAUUUCUGUACUAUCUAUUUUAAAUUUCUUCAUUUUCUUUCCCCCCAAAAAAUCUGUGACAACACUGUGGUGGUUAGGGUCAAGUUAAAGCUGCAGCCUGGAGUUUUGAGAAAAAAGUGGAUAGAAUAUGGCCAGAAUAUUUGAAUGAGCACAGCUCCCAGUUCCCUCCUUCUUCCUCUCUGGUGCGCUGCAGCACUGCCUUCAAAGCCCCUCCCCACAGAGGAGCCUGCUGUGCAUGAGCAGGCUUGUAACCAUGGUAACAGAGGAAGCCAGAUAACCAAGAUGUCACAUUCAAAAUAACAACAACAUAAGCCCUGAUUGUUCUAUUUCUGACCAAUACAUGCCGAUCAAUGUAUAUAUUCCGAAUAAAACACACUAUUCCUCACAUUGCUGUAGACCUUAC